AUGGUUUCGCUCAAGUCUAUACUUCUUUUCACUGGUCUCACCAUGGCCGCUCCUACACCCGAUAGCGAGAAGUCUUUGACCAAGCGCUUCAAUGGUGGCUGGUGCGGUGUCCACAUCCACCUCUUCUCAGGCGAAAACCCAAAGGGAUCGCACGAGAUGAAUGUCUUCGUCUACGAUGGCAAGCAGCAGCUUGUCUGGUCAAAGGAGAGCACCUGGGGUGAUGGUAUUCUGAUGGCUGAGAGCGAGAAUCUCCCUGCUAUUCUCAACAUCAACACAUUUGGUGGUGGUGCUCUUGCCACCUUCACCUACGGCGACCAGGAUUGGGAUUCUAACGAGACGCCUCGCUGCUCUGUCGGAGCUUGGGACGGCCCUCCAUUUGGUUCUAGCACUCAGACCCUUGAGAUGGACUGUGGUUUCUCUUGCUGA